AUGGAAGGAUCAACUGUCAACUAUUAUGAUGAUUUUUUUAGCACAGAGGCUGCAGACAACAACUGUCCAGCUGUGCUGCUGCCUUACAAAGAUAUUUUCCUGCCUGCUCUAUAUGCCAGUGUGUUUCUGGUAGGGAUUGUUGGCAACACCCUUCUGAUGGGAGCCCUGAUCUUCAAGCGGCGUAUCCAGAGGCUGAUUGACAUUUUCAUUGUCAAUUUGGCAGCCUCUGAUUUUGUUUUUCUUAUCACCUUGCCCUUUUGGGUAGACAAAGAGAUAUUCUCAGGGCUGUGGAGGUCAGGCUUGUUCAUCUGCAAAGGCAGUUCCUACAUCAUCUCAGUCAACAUGUACUGCAGUAUUUUCCUUCUCACUUGUAUGAGUGCCGACCGGUAUCUCGCCAUCAUGCAUCCAUCAGUGGCCAGAAGGAUCAGAACAAAGCUCCAUUCUGUCACCCUUUGCAUCUCUGUCUGGAUUCUGUCAUGCCUGCUCGGAUUGCCUACCCUUCUCUCCAGAGAACUGGGGAACUACAAUGACAACACAUACUGUGAAGACAAGAAAGCCACGUUCAUUAAUCAGAUUGGGUCACUUUUGCAGAUAAUUUUGGCCUUCUUUUUACCGCUCUUGAGCAUCUUGCUGUUUUACUGCUCCAUCACCAGGAAACUCUGUAUACAUUGUAAGAAAUCUGGAAAGCAUAACAAAAAGCUGAAGAAAUCCAUCAAAGUUGUCUUCAUUGUGGUGAUUGCCUUUGUGUUCUCCUGGGCCCCUUACAACAUUUUUAAAUUUCUGUCCGUGGUGUCCGGCAUUCAGGAACUAAAGCCACCUUUCUGUCUUACCUACAAAGUUGCCUACCUGGGCAUGGAACUGAGUGGCCCUUUUGCAUUUGCCAACAGCUGCACAAACCCUCUCAUCUACUACUUUUUUGAUGACUACAUUCGUAGGGCCAUGAUGCAAUGCAUGCUUCCAUGCGUGAAGGCCAGCAGCCUUGGCACCAGUUCCGAUUCCACAGACACACGCCUCAGCUACUCCUUGACUGUCCAUGGAGAAGAUGUAUCUAGGAGGAGGAGGAGGUCACUGUCGCUCUGA